AUGGCUUCUUUCUGUCUAUUACCCAUCAACAAGCCUUCCGAUCAACCCUCUUGCCACCCUCCCAUUCCUCCAUCCUCCCCCAUCCCCUCAUCCCCUACCCAGGCGCAAACACCCUCAGCUCGCUUCCGCCUUUUGGCCGCCAUCGAGCCCACUUCAAGCGUUGCCGAGCGGCGCGGUACGCCCGUCCAGGCCCUUGAUCUCGCCCUCCUGGGGGCUAGGUUUCGGUGUUUGAGCAAAGAGGACGCGGAGCUCGGUCUCGAAGUAACACUGUCAACACCCCUUCCACUCUCCUCGGAUCAGGCGCAAGUGCCUGGGAAGCGGCAGGAUUCAGUUCCUGGCGGAAUGUCUGCCCCUCAGUCCGGCUCGACGGCCACAGCACUCCCUCCGGUCGAUCAAUCCUUCAUGCGCUGGUCUAGAACAGCCUCGACCGUCUUCUCCGAGGCCCCAUCGACAUUCUACUACAACGCCAAGCGGUCGACCGGUCGCUAUUCGGACGCGACCCCCUCCGUGGUGCCUGUACCAAUAGCCGAGACAUCAACCCACAAUCCCCAUAAUAUGUCUCACCCUCCCACCCCAUCCCCCUCGCUUCGACCCGAGGUGAUGAGCCGGCGCGAGAGUACAAAUAGCGCGGGGACCUUUGGAUCAAGGCAGCGUCGCUGGUCUGCUCUUCAUCCUGCCGUCUCGCCGGAAACGUCCCCGUCCUAUCUCCAACCAGGCGAGGCGCAAAUCGACGACAUCCCGCAUCCCGGACCCGGAGGUACUUCGCCCCGCCCCCAACUCCGUCGACCGCUGAGCAUGAGCUCCACCUCGGACUCGACAUUCUCUGGCCAGCUACACGGUGAUCGAGUCCACAUCGGCCGCUCCAACAUCUCGGGCGCCAUGUUUCCCUCCCCUACCCUCCGUCGACCGACCCACAAGACCCCCGAGUCUACCGCGGAUAUCACCGCUCACCUUCUCAAAGCGUCCGGAAAGAAUGAGUCUCGCAUCGUUCCCCGCUUGAGCCCCAUCAAGCCCGCGCCGAGCGUGGGGACCCCGAUGGGCGAGGUAGAGGAGGAAGAAGGUGGCGAUGCGUGUUUCAGUACGGACCGGCGGAAGAUCUCCAAGCUGGAUCAGAUCCUGGGCGAGGGGGCAGAAACGGCCAGGGUGUUGAUGGAGUUUGACAAGAAGGCAAUCAGGGAUGCGGUCCAGCUACCAGAAACUACACCCCUCAAUCUGCCGCCGAGGCAUCGGUCAUCAGCCUCGGACCCGACCGCUUCGUCCAUCCCUAUCCUUCCCCCUUCCCCAUCUUCCAACGUCCCCCGCGGGUAUCGCGCCGACCCCUUCUCCUCGCACAACCGCAGUGACUCGGUCGACUCGCUCCCCUCUUCCCUUCAUCCCUCCAUCACCGACUCCACGCACACCACCGCCCGCCUCCUUCCAAACCAGACACCCACCUCUCCACCACCCAUGCCUCGUCGUCCGACCGACAAGGAGCUCGUCAAGAUGCACGCCGUCCCCAAGCCGGAGGCGCGGAACGACCUCACGCCCGAGCAGCGCGCGGUGCUCAUUCGGCGUACACGUAAGAUCGAGCAUCUCCUCGGUGAGCCUCUCGGCGAGAUCAACGUGGGCCAGCACAUCGUCCGGCCAAGCACCGCCUCGAGCGUCCGCCAUACCUCGUUCGAGGACACGUGGGACUUAUCGCCGACCUCGGCAUCGGGCAUGAGGAUCCCCGAGUACGAUCGACCGGAUUGUCGGCCUCGGAUCGUCAAGGCCAGCGAGAAGCUGCCUGUCCCUUCAGCGAAAAAAGGGACGAGCGUGGCUCAGAAGGCGAUGGCGGCGCUGGGGCUGGGGGAUAACAAGAAGGAGGAGGAGGAUCUGAGGGUAUAUAGGAAUUAUCGCGCCGAGAAGAUCUCGCGGAACCGCGGGCAGGAAGUCCCAGGUAGUCCAGAGGAGGAUGACUGGGAUGAUGAAGAGGGCGGGGAUUCUGCGCGUCGAGUGAGGAGGCAGCAGGUCGCCAAGCUGAACCGACUUCUCGGAGUCCAGAUCCCAGCGUCCGCCCUCCAGUCUGGUCCGAUCGACACCACCGACCUCUCCCCCGACACGCCCAUCAAGCGGCCCAGUCCGCCGCACGCCCAAUCAUCUUCCGAUAUCUCCUUCAUCUCGUUCGACGAGGAGACCCCCUCGCCGUCCUGGCGAAAACGGAUGCGGUCCGCGGUCAACAAUGCCAUGGACAAGGAUAAAGGCAGAGACAAGGACAAGGAGCGCGAGCCAGGAUCGUCGUUCUGGGACGGGGCUCUCAAUGCCAGCGUUACCGACAAUAAGCCCAAGAAAUGGACGCCGCCCCGGGAUCUGUCGUUUGGGAAUCGAGCCGAGAUGGAGGGGAGCUUUAUGGAUCUGAAGGAUAAGAAGGGGUCGUCUGGAUUUACCGAGCGGGUAUCGGCCAGGAAGAAUGCUGCAAUUGCUCGAUGA